AUGAUAUCGAUAGAACCCUAUGAAACCGGUCUCCUGGCCGCUAUCCUAGGGGUUCUAUCUCAUCUUGCAAUCUUCAUUAGAGGAGAAUGGCAUAUGCAGGCCCCAACGCUAGUAAAGAUCUAUUCUUUAUUUGCGUUUACAGUCUUCUUCAUUUUUUACCGCGCUGAGGGAGAUGUGAAUACCAGCUUCACUUCAACUGCAUUCCUGGUAAGCUCCUACGCUAUCGGGCUGUUCACUAGCAUCAUCAUAUACCGAAAAUUCUUCCACCGUCUCCGUCAUUUUCCUGGCCCUUGGAUGGCUGGGGCGACAAAGUUUUGGCAUGUGUGGAAAUGUCGUACUGGACAGAACUAUCUUGUCCUCGAAGAACUCCGCAAGCAAUACGGACCUGUCAUUCGAACCGGACCAGAAGAACUUACUUUUAUCGAUGCUGCUGUUCCUCUAGCUGUUGACGGUCCCGGAAACGAAUGCACCAAAGCCGUCUGGUACGACUUUUUGCUCCCUGAGAUCGCGCUCAACACAACGAGAAGCAUAAAAGACCACAAUGCGCGAAGACGGGUCUGGGAUCGAGGCUUCAGUCCGAAAGCGCUUGCCAUUUACGAAGAACGCGUGGUAGAAUACGCCGAAACGCUAGCAGCCCAAAUUGAAAAACUUGCCCUCGUGGGAGCCCCGAUCAAUGUAUCUGACUGGUUCUACUGGUUCACGUUCGAUGUCAUGGGCGAGUUUGCCUUCGCGCACUCAUUUGGGAUGCUUCAAGACGAGAAGUGGCACUUUGCUGUACGCUUACUACGCAAAGCUAUGAGCUUGUUAGGGCCGUUUAGCCCAGUGCCUUGGAUCGCUCAGAUCGCGUUCUACAUUACCCCCUGGAUGUACAUCGUUAAGGAUUGGCUUGCGAUGAUGCAGUGGUGUAGGGACCGCAUGACCGACAGGAUAAAGGCGAAAGUUUCGAGACCAGAUGUUUCACACUGGCUUAUUGAUGCCUCUUUACAAAAAGGCUCGCUUGAAGCCGACCGGGAAUGGCUGAACGGAGACGCCGUUACCAUUAUCAUUGCUGGAAGUGACACGAUCGCCCCGACUCUCGUAUUUGCCUUCUAUGAGCUUGCUAGAAGUCCAUGGCAUCAAGACAAGUUGCUUUCGGAACUUGAAGGGAUAGACAUUUACGACCGCGUUCAACUUCAAGGAUGUGCCCAUUUGACGGCCAUCAUCAAUGAAACCCUUCGCCUCUACCCCCCAGUGCCUACAGGAGGCUAUCGCCAGUCCCCACCUUCUGGGAUGACUAUCAACAAUACAUAUAUCCCGGGCAAUGUUACCAUUGUGUCGCCUCGCUAUUCUCUAGCACGCCUUGAUUCCUCCUAUGAAUGUGCUGACCAUUUUAUCCCUGAACGCUGGACUACUCAGCCAGAGAUGAUCAAGGAUGCCCGGGGUUUCGCACCAUUCUCUCAGGGCCGAUUCAAUUGUGUCGGAAAGUCACUCGCAAUGAGUGAGAUGCGGUUUGUGAUUGCCUUGCUGGUGAAGAAGUUUGAGGUCGGAUUUUGGGGAGAUGAUAAAGGCGACAAGCUAUUUUCUGAUCUAAAGGACCAGUUUACGGCCUCACCCGGUCGACUAGAUUUACGAUUUGGAGUGAGGGAGUGA